AUGUCAGACAAACCCGAAGCUCGUAAGGCGGCUCUUCUGCGACGCCGCCGUUCUGACCUCACAGCGCAAGAGAUAGAUGAACUCUACGACUUGAAGCACCCCCGAAAGCCUCGUGUUGGGCGCGAUGCCGACCCAGCGGUGUGGUACUGGGGCAAAAUGUCACCCGAGCGUUUGGAAGAAGCAUUGGAGUCCCGCAGAAGAGCAAUGGAGGCAAGUAAGAGGACUCUUGAAAGAGAUAAGGAGAAUGAAGCAGCCGGGAGGAAGAGAGAACAAGAGAAAAGGGCUGCCAGCGCUGGCAAGGACAGCAACCGGGAAUCUUCCCAACCUCUCCCCACCACCGACGACAACAUCGAGGCCGACUUCUUCGACCUUUUCGAGCCGGGAAAGUCUCUCACAAUCUCCACGCACUACCCCGGCAAUCCUUACGGAACAUCCUUCUACGAGUACCCUUCGGACAAGGAAGAUGAAGAUCUUUUCUGGGACGAGAGUGAUAUCCGUUCUCGAACCGAAGCCGUCUUCGACCGCAAAUCCCAGCCUUCCAAAGGUAUCCCAGGCAACAUUCAUGAGAAGGCGGUCCUUUUGAUUGAGGAAAUUCUGUCAGGCUCACCUAUUGAUGGCCCUGUCGUACUUCUCUGCAAGGUAAAGUCCGGCAAAGAUCUUCCGAACCUCGUUGUCGCCAAGAUAUUCGAUCCCUUGUUCUAUCCUUGGGACUACCCCGCUGGAGCCGGCCCCUGGAAGGAGACUGCGAGAGCCGACAUGGAACUCUGCCGAGAAGCUGGGGCGUACGACAUGCUCAGAACCAAAGGGUGCCACGGAGAGGCGCACCUUGCUCCCAAGUAUUACGGCGCUUACACCACUAAAGUAUCUUCGACCCAACCAGCAUUGAGACAUCGCAACCGACGCAUUGGACUGAUCCUCAUGGAAGCUAUCGACCACGCCAAAACCUUGAAGGAGCUAUGCGAUGAGAACGAAGACGAGUCUCUGGUUCCAAUUACUUGGAAGACGAUCAGGUUCGGCAAGCGCAGCGUAAGGCUUGACGAAAAUGUGCGUCUAUCGGUUCUUGAGAAGCUUCUAGGAGGCGUAGCCGCCCAGAUGAAAGCUGGAGUCGAGGUGCAAGCAAUACGACCUGAACAUAUACUCAUCUCUUUUGCGGAAGGCACGCCCGGGAGCCAGCCGGUUCUCCGAGUCAGUCUCAUAGACUAUUGCGAAAGCGUCGUCGACUCGAAGCGUAAGGAACCACGGGACUUUUAUCAGCACUAUUCAAAGCCGCCUCAUCCAAAGACUCCAUUCAGUCCCGAAAAGCUAUUUCGACUUGCUGGUUGGUUCCCUUACCAGUGGCUGGAAACCAGAUCAGAGUGGGAUGAAUGGAUCGAAUCUGCCUUCAAUAGUGAUAACUUCCUCGAGAGACCUGACAUUGAAUAG